CUCCAGGAAACGGACGGCCCAGAUCACCCGCAGUUCCCAGAUUCGCCAGUACAAUCCUUCGCUUGCUAUAAAUUCCGGCGACUUGUCACUCGGCCGGCCGAUCAUCCGAUCGGGCAGAGGCGGAGAAGAGAGUCACGUGAGCGGAGAAGAUUCCGGCGGCGGCGAAGUGAAGUGAAGAGGCGAUGGGAAUGGACUGGUACGCGUGGCUGUCGGCGGCGAGGCUGGACCAGGCGGUGGCGUACGAGUACGCGCUGGUGUUCUCGCGCAACGAGCUGGAGGCCGACGACCUCGCCUACUUCGACCACGAGUUCCUCCACAGCAUGGGCGUCUCCGUCGCAAAGCACCGCCUCGAGAUCCUCAAGCUGGCGCGCCGGAGCCGCCGCCGCGCGGCGCUGUCGUCGCGCCUCGUCGCCGCCGUCGACCGCGUCGCCAGGUACGUGCGCGCGCUCGUCGUCGUCGUCGUCCAGGGCCGGGAGGACGAGUCGUCCUCGGCGCUCGUGCUCGUGCCGAGCCAGCAGCUGCAGCCCGACGUCGACAAGACGCCGAGGAGGAGCAGGUCCAAGCCCAAGUCGACCAAGGAGGUCGCCGCCGACGCCGCCGCUCCCACCACACCGAAAGCCAUGCGGUCGCCGGUGCUGGCCAUCGGCGGCAGGGCCGCCUCGACGGUGCACGCCGUGAAGGACGGCGAGAAAGGCGGUGAGGACAUGGUCAGGUGGGACCGCCUGUUCCAGGACCUCAAGCCCAACUGAGCGCGCAACGACGACGAUGCCGCGCGUGAUCGCGGCGCCGGCGGCGGAUGCAGCGGUGUGUUACUGUUAGGGUUUAAUGCUUGUUCAUCUCCAUGCUUUGGUAAUGGUCGAGCACUGUGCUCUUUCUUCCUCCUGCAUGCACAGUUGUGCACUGCUCCGGCGCCAUUGCUGCAUGUACAGGAAGCACGGUGCAUCGUGCCGAUGCGACGACAGCAAUUCACGCCAUUGGGAGCGGUUUGGGUUGCUCCACUUGUCUGUAGACUAGCUCGUGGUGAGGUUAUUGCUGUACAAUAAAUGCACAUGGAGUGGUUAAUUGCGAUUAAUCGUGCCAACGAAAAUCAACAAUGCCUCAGUAAUUUCCGUGA